CCCAGCAGCAGCAACCCCAGCUCCAGGCCCUCCCGCAGCAACACGAUCUUAGCUACGACAACUACAGUCCCCGUGCUUACGAGGCAAAGCGUCCAGCGCCAAUCAGCCAACAGCAGCAGCAGCAGCAGCAGCAGCAUCAGCAGAUCCCCCAUGCCUCUCACAUCCCAAUGUCUCCGCUCCCCCAGCAGGCUCAGCACCAGCAGAUCCCGCAGCGCCAUGGCAGCAUACCCCAUUCGACCAGCACCGGCUCCACAUUCAACUUUGACCCUCUCGAUAACUCAGACAUGACCAGCGUCGCUUCGACCUCGCCUGCUGGCGGCCAUAUUGGCAAGAAGCAAAAACUGAGCCCGUCUAUGCCGAUCAACAAUACCCCUAUGGCCAUCCACUCUCCCCAGCCCCUCCCUCCACAGCAGUUGCAGCAGCAGAUGCCCAUGCCUCAGAUGCAAAUGCCGCCUCAGCAGCAGCAACAGCAGCCCCAGUCUUUACAGCAACCACAGCAUCACCAGCAGCAACCGCAGCAGCCUCAGCAACAACAACCUCAACAGCAACCUCAGCAGCAGCAACAGCAGCAGCAGCCUCCGCCUCCGCCACAGCAGCAGCAGCAGACCAACGGCGCACACGGACAGGUUCCGCCCAAGCGAAAUCCCCAGGCGCGAGCAACCACCUGGUCAAAGUCUGAAGAGGAGCGGUUGCGUGUUCUUGUCGAGUGCGGCACAAAAUGGCAAGCAAUAACCAAAGAAUUCCCAAAUCGAACGGCGGGUGCGAUCAAGAAGCACUACUACGCCGACAUGAAACACACGACCUGGAAUCCGGAAGAAGACACGAAGCUCGCGGAUGCGGUUAAAGAGGACGAAGAGAACAAGUGGAAGCGCAUUGCUGAUAAAGUCGGAAAGCCGGCAAAGGCGUGUGAAAAGCGUAUGAAGGAGCUCGUCAAGACUCAGGCUCCUUCUUCCGUCUCUCUCCACCAGCUACCUCCGCCUAUGGCUGCGCAACAGCAGCAAAUUGUCCAGCAGGCUCCCCAGCAGAUGGCUGUCCAGCAGCAAGCACAGCCUCAGUCUCAGCAGCAGCCGGUGCCUAUGCAACCAAUCAUGCAGGGAGGCCCUCCACCGACAAGAGUAUGAGAAUGAAAUCAAUUUUUCUUUCUGUUUUACUCAUUUGCGUUUGUAACUUCUUUGAGCUUAUAUUUCGCUGUGUGCAGUAUGGUCUUGAUGACUUGACUGCAGUUGUACGAUACGAACAUCAGGUUGUGAAUGGUUUUGAUUCAUUUGAUGCAUUGUUCUAAUUUUGCUUUUUGCUUUUUGAUUCCUGCUUUUUUGUCAGCUUGUUUGAUUUGUUAUCCCACUUUGAUCUUCAUGUACAGAUCUCGGCGGUGUCGCGUUUGUUUACCGACGCGUCGCUGAUAGUGGCUGAUUCAUGUCUGUUUGCUCACAACCGGGCAAACGCCGAUUCAAAAAUGGGUCGCUGAUAGUGGCUGAUUCAUGUCUGUUUGCUCACAACCGGGCAAACGCCGAUUCAAAAAUGGGAAGGGGUUGUUUGAUUUUCUUCGUGUCUAUAGAUGUAACAAUAGCUCACUUAUCUUACUCAUAUAUAAAGAAUACAUAUCCACAA